GUUUGCUGCCUCGGCGCAGGGACCUUCACGCGCCUCGAGUCGCAGACUGAAGAGGGUCGCGGAAGUAGAGGAAAGGAAGGCGGCGGCCAGGCUUGAGUGCGGGAGCACGGGCGCGAGGGCCCUCCGGGCCACUUCCGUCGCGCCCGCCCCGAUGCCGGCACGCCGCUUCUGCAGAGCAAAAAGAAAAUCUCACAGCAGGAUGGCUUCUCCUGACCAGGAAGAAAGGGAAGAAGCUGGAGCGGGCAUAACACGGAGGCCCGGAAAAGGCUGCCUCCUCCGGCCAGGAAGAAGGCGAGCAUUAGCGAGCACCACUGGUGAUUUAAUCGGGGCGGAGCGGGCAAGCACACGACGUCCUCCCUGUUGUCAUAUCUGUAAAGGGCUGUCGAAGCUGCAAUGCGAGGCUCUGCCGCCGAGUGGAGCGCGCUCCUCGGAGCACCACUUCCGUCUCUCUCUUGAGGGGCCAAUCACGACUGCUGUUUCUCCGUGCCUGGAUUCGGAGCGGCAGCGGCCGGCGCGGCAAUGAGACUGGGUACUUCCGAGGUCCACGAGAGGGGAGGGGAGGCGGCGGCAGGACCGUGCGGUACAAGCGCGAUCCUGCUCGCUCUCUCUCCGGAGGCAGGGGCGCGGUGCCCCCCGAGCCACCCGGGGGCGGGCCUCCCCUGACGCAGCGCCAGGGGGGUCUUAGGGCCCCCGGCGUGGCCGAGCGCUCGGGGCACCGGGGCGGGCAGCCGCCCCGGCGCCGCGGCGUGCGCGCGGGGGCUCCGGGCAGGAGGCGGGGAGCGGGCGGCGGCGGGAGCGCGAGCCUUCGGAGGAGCCUGCCGGUUCUCAUGCGCGCCGCGGAGCGGAGCGCGCUCACGGGGGGCCGCGCUGCUCCUCCGCGCCGGCCCUCCAGCGCGCCUCGUCGAAGGGCUCCAGGAUAUCGUGUUGCCCCCGAUCGCGUGCUCGGCGCCCGCCGCGAAGGCGGCCUCCGCGCCGGCGGCGCUGUCCAUGAUGACGAAGCCGAGGUGAGCGGGCCGCUGCCGCACCGUCGCCUGGCGCCUCCUGGACCCGGUGGGCAGGUAGGAGGACUUCACGUGCGACCGCGGCACCAGCACGUGGUGCACAGGGCCGAAGCCUUGAAGUGGUUCUCGAGCUCCGUGGAAGCCGAGAAGCCGAGGUACUGGAUCCUGCGGGUCAGGAUGACGCACCGGUGGUCCUUGUCCUUCAGCAGGCGGAGCUGCUCGCGCAUAGUCUCCCCGCUGCCCUCCUCGUCGGCGGGGCGCUGCGCGGGCGGCGCGGACACCGCAGAGGGCGGCUGCUGCUGCUGCUGCUGCUGCUGCUGCUGCUGCUGCUGCUGCUGCUGCUGCUGCCGCUUCUCCUGCCUCUGCUGCCGCACCGCCGGCUGCGGUGGCGGCUGCGCCUUCCUCUGCUCUCUCUGGGGAGGCUGCCUCUGGCUCGCGUUCACGCUACCCGCCGGCCCCGGGAGCCUUGGUGGGGGGGGGGCGAAGAGGCACCGACACCGCUACACGGACUCUCGCCGGACCUCUCCCGGGUAUACGCCCUGUGCUCUUUUGCCAGACCUCUCCCGCGGUGCGCCCUGACCAGGAUAUCUCGGGGCGAAUACACAGCCGUGGCGACGAGGGACGCACGUGGCGACAUCCGAGCCCUGCC